UGACUGGGAGCUAAAGCCCAAAAAUAAAUCCGUUUUGCUAAAAAAAAUUAAUAAUAAUAUAAUAUAAAAAAUAAGUACUCAUAUUUAAUAGUAAAUGAUAAACAAAAAUAUAUCAGUGAUGGUGAUAAUUUAAGCAGUGAUUAAAGACUUGGUUCCAUUGUCGAGGGAUUGGAGCCACGAUGGGAAAACCGACGCCAGUUGAAGACCUGGUGAUACCACCUCAAGAUGGUCGCAUAUGUGGUACCAUCUGUAUAUGUCAGAUGACAGCAGUAUUAUCAUCGGUAGCUCUGGUUUACUUGACCGUUGCUAUCUACAUGCCGAGCACACGAGCAUUUGCCUCUGGUAUAUCACCAGUCCCGGCUAUGUGCACGACAAUAAGGACCAUCAAUGCCGACAACUGCUCGUGGGGAAGCUGCGGCGAGUGGUGUCUAUCGAAAACAUCUGGACCCUGUGCUCAGAUUCACGUUAAUUUGCGUAACAAUGGCUCGACAAUUUUACUGGGGAAUUGCACGAAUAUCACCAACAAAACCUGCUACGGCAUCGACCAGGAAAACGCUAAAAAGUCAAAGUGUAUCGCCGACGAAUGCCGAAAUUUGACGGGGACAUUUAAUUGCAGCGCUGGAAUUUGCAUAAAUAUUACCGAUGCGUUCGAGUGCAAUUUCCGAGACACAGAUCCACCGCUCAAGUGUUCAGGGAGACGGGGGAAGAUAACUUGUAUAGCAAUAGACGGGUUGUUUAAUUGCGUCCGAGGUACUUGCGAGCGUAUUCGCACCCCCUACAAUUGUGACCGCCGGUGUGUUGAUAUCCCGACCCGCAACAAAAACAUGAUUCUGAUAAGCGGCGAUAAGGUUUACUUGAGUCAGUGUGAGCGCGCUAUUGACGUCGGAAGUAAUCGCGAAAUCUGGAACGAGAAUCGGGGGGAUGUUAUGAUGGCGUCUUGCUACGGUAUUUACAACAGCAGUCUUGGAGUCGAGGCCGUCGACUGCAUCAACGGCUCGGUCUUGGAGAAAACUAUGCUCACUGAUCUCACCAACUUCACCUACUUGUCGUACUUGAAUCUCUACGCGUCAAAGCCCCUCGACGACGCGAAUUUCGCGGUCCCACCGGAACACACCCUGAUAAUCGCCAACGAAAGUCGGCUGAUGAUAAACCUCGAGGGCUGCGUUAAUACACUCAGAGACGAGUGCAAGGAGUUUCUUCAUGAGUAUGGCAAAGACGGGUCGGACCACAAUGCAAGAGCCAGAUUUCCCUGUUUCUUUGCCAAGGACAGAACAGAAAUAGUUGUCAGCAAAUUUGAUCUCGAAACGACUUGGAAAGAAUUUAUCGUCGCGCUGGUUUUUCCCAGCGUCCUGUUUGUUGUCAGUUGCUUGACAUUGAUCCUGUGUCAGAGGACUGUCGUAGUGGGCGACGACGCUAAAAUGCGGUUUAAAAUUCCCGGAAUAAAGAGCGAAAUUGAUAAAAGUAACUCGGGCAAUUUGGCUGACGCUGGGGGAGGAGAUUCUGUCAUGGCGCUCUGAGAUCCGUCACGCAUUCCCCUCUUGGAGGAGAGCCCGGCUCGCCAAUCGAUUUUCUCCCUACGCGGGCACUAUUGAAAGAGUGCAAGAGAGUGAGAGGGAGUGGGAGGGGAACGCGUGAUUCAA